AUGCGUCGUAAAAGUGAGCGUACCGCAAGUAAAAAAGGGAAGGCUUCCCCAGAAAAGAAAAUUGAAAAAGUUAAACGUACAAGAACCAGCAGACGUAGAAAGCAAUCUUCGUCUUCAGAAAACGAAUCUGCUGAUGAUGGAAGCCCAGUGAGAGAAGUUGAGAGCGUCAGUGAAGCUGAAAAGAAGCCUCCAUCAACACCCGCUAAAGAGGAUAGCCCUGAAGAGGCUCAAGAUCAGGUAUGGCGUGUUAAAACUACUGAGGCCUCUGGUGAUAUAAAAAAGCUAAAAAUUUGUUUAACGCGUCCACCGUCCACACCUGAAAGAGUCGAUAGAUCUCCUCGCAGUAAAAGAAAGCAUUCACGAGCGACAAGCUCCAGUGAUACACCCAGCGUGGAGGGCGUUGAAGAAAAAAAGAAGUCGAAACAUCGUUCUAAACGUGCUCUUCGAGGUUCAAAGGAUGAUAUAGAUAAAAAUAAUGAUAGUCAGGGAGAUGAGCCUGAUCAGGAAUCCGGACAGCAAGAUCAAGAUAAAUCUAGUGAUGAGGUAACUCAAAGUGAAACUAUUGAAGAUGUUGAAACACCAGUGUCCACAACUAAUGAAGAAAUAAAGGUAGAUGAAGUGAAAAACUCAUCACAAAGCAGCGAAGAUAAACCUGAAAGUAGAGAAAAUACCACAUGUGAGCAAGAGGACACAGAAAAACCUUCUGAUGCUGAUACAACUGUUGUUUCACCUAAAAAUGAAACAAGAGUUGCAUCACCAUCAGUUGAAGUAAAUCCUGAACCAAAUUUAGACAACCAAGAAGAUCAACCAUCUAAUAGUACUGAAGACAAGAGACAAGAGGAUAAUAAUUUAGUUGAGAAAGAAAGCCCUAGAAGGACAAGAAGUGAGUCAGUUGACAAAUCAGAGGUCCUAGAAUUACAUGCAGAUGAUAGUAAGUGUGAAUCUUCAGAUAAUGAGGCAAGCCAGUCUAAAACUGAAAUUGAACAAGGAUCAGAUAAGAAGGAUGAAAUUGAAAAAGAUAAAGAAAAUGUGAUUCAGGAACAGAAACCUAUUGAAUCCCAAGAAGAGAAAGCUAUUGUACCUGAAAAUGAAGAGAAACCUACUGUGCCCGAAAAUGAUGAGAAACCUACAAUGCCUGAAAAUGAUGAGAAACCUACAAUGCCCGAAAAUGAAGAGAGAUUUACUAUGCCCAAAAAUGAAGAGAUACCAUCCGUGUCCCAAGAUGAGGAGAAACCAGCAUCUGAAGACCCAAAGGUAAGUAUAGUAAAUGAAGAAAAUAUUAGUAAAGAAACUGAGAAAGUUGAAUCUGAUAGCAAAGAAGCUAUUAAUGAAACUGAUGUUGUAGAGAGUUCUGAGAAGGUAAAUAAAGAAAAACAAGAAAAGACAAUAUCAAAUGAUACAGAUAUUCAACCUAUGGAGACGGAGACAGCUAAAGUUGAACCUGAACAAACACCACACCAGCCCAAAGAGUUGCAGCGCUCAGAUUCUGUGAAGUCUACUAAAGAGGAACCUGUUGCCAAUGGUCAAUCUGCUCCAGCUGUAGUGGGCAGGAAAAGGAGAUGGGGAUCAAGGAGUUCUAAACUCACAACCCAGAAAUCAAUAACAAUUUCAACUGAUGUAUUAAGAGACAUUAUACCUGAUGUGAAACCCGUUGAGUUUGAUGAAGUUAUAGAAGAGAAGAAACACAGAAGAAUAGAGACUCAGGAAAGAAUUGAGAGACCAGUGCUUCCAAAAAUUAUUAUUGAUAAUACUGACAAUGUGGAAUUGAAAAAGGAAUCUGAGGAAGAACAAGAUCCUCACACUCCAAAGCCAAGAGAUUUAGCUUCCAAUAGAAAAAUAUCAAUAAUUAAGGAUAAUGAUAGUAUAAUAGCAAGACCACCGAGUCCACCCAGAAAUAAACAGUCAUGUAUUUUGUAUAUCACAAAUUUGAUAGAAUUAAAUCAAAAUGCUUUGUGGAAUAUGAGACUGAAGAGUAAGUACCUAUAUAUUUUAUUAUUUACUCCCUAUACUCACAUAUUGUAAUUUUACCAUUUGAACAGAAAUUAGACUUAAUACUAAUAAUAAGUUUUAAUUUGAAGAAUCUUGCAAUAACUUAUAGCAAUAAACUUAUUAUUUUCCAGCCAAGCUGUGGAGACAAGGCAUGCCUUGCAUGGUGUUACUUGGCCAGUCUCAAAUCCAAAAACGCUUCAAGUGGACUUUUCCACACAAGAGGCCUUUGAGAAAGCUAAAUCUAAUGAAGAAACUGAUGCUACACCAGUGUCAACAAUUCCUGGAACUGUUGAGGAUUGGCUUCGGGAGCAGGAUAUGAAGAGAGAUCGAGGGGAUUUGGACAAACCAUGGGAAAGGAAAGCAGCUACUCGAGAAUGGGAUCUGGGAAAGAAUGAAAAAGACAAAGAUAAUAAAGAUAAUAAGUCAAAGCGUGAAGAAAGGCCGGCUGAUAAGAGAAGACAUCGCUCCCCAGAGAAAAGCCCUGAGCCUGCAAGGAAAUUCAAGAAGAAAGAAGAAGAAGCACCCGCUAAGCUGUUGGAUGACCUAUUUAGAAAGACUAAAACAACUCCAUGCAUAUACUGGUUGCCGCUCUCAGCUGAAACGAUAGCAAUAAAGGAAGAACAGCGGCGCCAGCACAUGGCGGAGCACGAACGAAGGCUGCAGGAGCUGCGCCGAACGCACCGCCGUCACUAG